GGCGGAAAUGCUGAGAGGGGAUGAGAGGGGAGGAGUAACAUGUAGCGGGGCGCUGGCCGAUGGUGCGGCCCCCAGUGCGACGGACGCGUAAGAGCAUGAUGAGGCAGGGAAGCGCGACGGGAACCGAGGUUUGUGGUGCUAAGACGAGGGCUGGGUUAGGGAUCCAACGAGGGAAGUGGCGGGGGCCUGUAAUGAUGGAGUAGGUAACAGAGUUGCGUGUUCUUGUCUUGUCAUAGCGCAGCUGCAGGUUCUGUUGGCGAGCAGAUAGUUGUGGAGGAGCCCGGCGAUCUGGAUGGACCGCCAUUCGUCGGCGGAGUAGUCGCUAGCACGGUUGUUUCUUUGUCGUGAGCUCGGCCACGAAUACAGGAGUGUAAAUUCCUGCUACUUAUUGAGGCGCGAUUCGGAAGGAGUGCGUGACGACGACGAGCCUGUCUUGCUUGUGCAGGCUGGAAGACACGUUUGCGCAACAGAACACAGGGGUUUCGUGGGGGAGCGACGGAGUGUUAGUGGAGUCUCGGCGGGUGCUCAUCGGACCAAGAGGAAAGGGGCCAGUUGCGCAGAGCAGCAGAGCAGCAGAGGAAAUUUGCGCUCGUGAGCACUCCUGCGCUCGUUCGGGUUUCGAGUUGGACUCCGAUCUGGGCAUCGGCAGGGCGUGGCUCAUCGAUUCGAGACGAGCAAGUGCUCGCGGACAGGGGUUUGAAUCUGUUGGAACACUUUCUGGUGCUGCCCUCUCCGAUGGGGGCGAAUGGAGCAGGAGGAGGCUGGGCAGGCUCUCGCGGGGGCGAUGGGCUUGUCCUGCAGAAAAUAUUGGGGACUGUGCUCUUAACGGCAGCCAUCUUGAGGCUCUCGUCGCAAUAUCUAGGGCCGCUUGCUCUUCCUCCCAUCUCCAACUUGCUUCCCAAUCUCGGCUUCUUUCAAAAGAAACAAAAGAAAGGCAAGAAGGUGAGGGUAUACAUGGAUGGCUGUUUCGAUAUGAUGCAUUAUGGACACGCCAACGCACUUCGUCAGGCACGGGCUCUCGGAGACGAACUGGUUGUAGGUGUUAACAGCGAUGAGGAGAUCAAAGCUAAUAAGGGACCACCUGUCAUGUCUAUGGAUGAGAGAGUUGUCAUGGUGAGCUCUGUCAAGUGGGUGGACGAGGUCAUCAAGGAUUCCCCUUAUGCAAUCAAUGAAGAAUUCAUGAACAAACUGUUUACCGAGUAUGGAAUAGACUACAUCAUUCACGGAGAUGAUCCAUGCCUGCUUCCAGACGGCAGUGAUGCAUACGCACAUGCCAAGAAGGCUGGUCGAUUCAAACAAAUCAAGCGAACCGAAGGAGUGUCCAGCACGGAUAUUGUUGGAAGGAUGCUUUUGUGCAUGCGGGAGAGGACCGUUUCAGAGGUUCCAAACCAUGCAUCCCUUCAGCGGCAGUUCAGCCAUGGGUCAGGGCAAGGUCAAGACAGUGGAACUUUGUCGUCUGGAACUCGCAUUUCACAUUUCCUUCCAACAUCUCGACGGAUUGUGCAGUUUUCGAAUGGGAAGGGUCCAAGACCUGAUGCACGAAUUGUGUACAUGGAUGGAGCGUUUGACCUUUUUCAUGCGGGACAUGUGGAGACAUUAAAACGCGCUAGAGAAAUGGGAGACUUUCUUCUUGUGGGAAUCCACACCGAUCAGACUGUGAGCUCACAUAGAGGACGUCAUCACCCAAUCAUGAAUCUUCAUGAGAGAAGCUUGAGUGUGCUCGCCUGUCGCUAUGUGGACGAGGUCAUUAUCGGAGCCCCUUGGGAAAUUACGAAGGAUAUGAUUACAACGUUCAAUAUAUCCAUAGUGGUACACGGAACUUGUGCCGAACCGAACGGGGAGCUAAAUGGUGAAGUUGACCCGUAUACAGCAGCCAAAGCAUUGGGUAUCUUCAAAAUUAUAGAGAGCCCACGGGAUCUAACCACUUCAACUAUUAUCAGGCGAAUCGUUUCUAAUCAUGAGGCAUACAAGAAACGGAAUGAGAAGAAAAAUCUCAGCGAGAAGAAAUACUACGAGGAUAAGAAAUAUAUCAACGGUGAUUGAUCAGAGUAGCUAUUAGGUAUUGGAUUUGUACAAUAUGUCAUGUCUUGUUGGGUGAUGGAGCAUUUCAAAAGAGAUUAAAUUUCAAACGCCUUUCGUCCCAGUCCGGUAAGGGAAGGUCAGUCUUUGAUAUCCGCAUCCGUUCUCAAUUUUCACAACGGGGCUGCAAAUUACACUGUCAUGUAGUCUUUCAGACUCAUGAAUCGCGAGGAGUCACCGAAUCACAGGCUCUGGUGUAUUCCGGAUAUUUGAACGUGAACAGUGUGAAGCCCUUCAUACUCUUCCUUGACAGGAAGUCACGUCUGGAUCAGCCAGCUAGGAAAUCACGGCAGGGAUGUAUGGCUUUCUUUCUGUACGUCCUUAUUAUUCUUUCACGAGGCGAUUGAAAUGGGGUCACCCACGUUAUACACACGCUUUAUCUGCGUCCUUUGGCAGUUAAAGAUGGUACAGGGUCAUCAUUCGAGGCAGCCUUUCGAGCUCGACCUCUUACGUUAUUGGCUACUUAGCAUGCAAAUUCGUGGGCCUUCCUUGGUUCAUGGUGGUUGUUUCACCUGAAGAAUCAUGUGAAAACUUGCUUUCAAACCUGGCAGACGUCUAUGCAGUGUAAGGUCUUGUCAUGAGCUCCUUGAGAAGGCUCUUUCUCGGAAUGAUAGAAAUUAUCCACCCGAAAGGUACAGGUGUAAUAGGUGAUGUAAUGUUUCGGCUCAACAGCAUUUUCUAAGAAGAGAAAGAGCAUUUUGUUAGUCUGUACCUUGUAAAAUUUUGACUAGGUCAAAGAUCGUUUCAUGUAUUCUAACAAGAAUGUCUUACCGGGAAAC